CGCUGCUGCUGCAUAUUGCGAAGGCUCGCGAGCAAAGCAAACCCUCCCCGUUGGCCUUCUCCGCCUCUCGUCUCGUCAUUUUUAUUCGUCGGCGUCGGCUGCUCCGGCCCCAGCAAUUCGUGAUUUCCUGCGCCUCGUGGUCCACGUGCGCGCGGGCUCUCUGCUCUCUCUCUCUCUCUCUCUCUCUCUCUCUCUGUGUGUGUGUGUGUGUGUGUGUGUGUGUGAGUUCGUCGGGUAGGUUGGUGGCGGCGUGGGAGAUGAAGAGCGGCGGGGGAGGAGGAGGAGGAGGAGGCGGGGGCGGGCAGCAGUGGCCGUGCGACUACUGCGGGGAGGCGGCGGCGGCGCUGCACUGCCGCGCGGACGCCGCGCGGCUCUGCGUGGCGUGCGACCGCCACGUGCACGCCGCCAACGCGCUGUCGAGGAAGCACGUGCGCGUGCCGCUCUGCGCGGGGUGCGCCGCGCGCCCGGCCGCCGCGCGGGUCUCCCCAGUCCCGGGCGCCGACCCGGCGUUCCUCUGCGCCGGCUGCUGCGACGACGCCGCCUCGGCGGCGGUGCGCGUGCCGGUCGAGGGCUUCUCGGGCUGCCCCUCGGCGGCCGAGCUCGCCGCGUCAUGGGGGCUCGACCUCCGCCGCGCGGAGGAGGGCAAGGACGGCGCCGGCGGCGACAUCGACGACGGCGACCCCUUCCUCUCGGUGCUCGACUACUCCGUGCUCGGGGUGGCGGUCGACCCGGACCUGCGCGACCUCUACGUGCCGUGCGACCCGCCGCGGGUUCCCGCCCCCGACGCCGCCGGGGCGCGCCCGCUCAGGGGGCAGGCGCUGUGCGACCAGCUCGCCGAGAUGGCGCGACGCGAGACGGACACAGCCCACGCGCACCCGCACUCGGAUCUGAGCCCGCGCACGCCUCGCCGCACCUCUGCGGCAUCCGGUGGACGCUUGCCGCCGGGCAAGAUGUCGCCCCCCGCGGCGAUGCCGACUCAUCAUCCUCCGCCCGCCGCGGUCCAGGAGGUGCCUCUGCCGUACACGUCCCUGCUCAUGAUGGCGUCCGCCAACUGCGCCGACCUCAUUGGAGGUGCCGACAGGGUGGGUGAUGACGACGAACAACUGCUCUGGGACUGCGCUGCGCCCUCAGUGCCGCCCACCCAGAUUUGGGACUUCAAUUUGGGAAGGUCAAGGGAUCACGAUGAGAAGUCUGCUCUUGAAGUUGGAUAUGGUUCUAACCAUGGAGGCUUUAUGAUUAAGAGUUAUAGUGACAUGCUUAAGGAAAUUUCUUCGGGGACAACGAAAGAUCUGGAAGAUAUUUAUGACUCAAGAUACUGCUCAACUGCCGAAGAUAUCAUGUCCUCUAAUAUCUGUCAGUUGUCAUCGAAAAAUGUGAGCACCGCGAGCAACAAACGGAAGCUGAGCUCCUGUGCCUCGACGAUCGAUGGACCAACAACCUCUGGAAACCAUGUACCCACAUCAGGACCAGCACUCACCAGGGAGAUCUCCUUCGGGGAUCAAACGGUCUCCACCCCUGCAGCUGAGAGGCCUGCUGUGAGGAUCGACAGCGAGACGCUCGCGCAGAAUAGGGACAGCGCUAUGCAGCGGUACAGGGAAAAGAAGAAGAACCGCAGGUAUGAGAAGCACAUACGGUACGAGUCGAGGAAGCUGAGGGCGGACACAAGGAAGCGGGUGAAAGGGCGGUUCGUCAAGUCGACCGAAGCCCUGAACGCCGGCUAUGGCGGAUGAGCCAUAUGGCCUGUAAACUGUGGUUUGCUGUGUGCCUGCGUUACGUGCAGUAGCAAUGUUGGUGGUACGGAUGCUAUGGCGGAAUCGAUAAGCAGUGUUAGAGAGCCAAGUUUUUGCGUUGAAGCAAUUGUGGUCAUUGGGCAGUAGUCAACUCCAGAGAUUGCACGGUAUUGCUUGUAAGAGACGACCCCCUGCCAUCUCAUCAGUAUGUAGCUUACAUACAGUACUGAUUUACCAUAUGAUGCAUGUGGUCUUUGCAGUGAAGUAACUUGUUUUGUUAUAUAUAUCCGGCCGUUUUGUUACUACUUACUA